AUGACAUCAGGGCAACCAUUAAAUGAAUACACUUAUCAAGACAAUGUUCCGACCGACGGCAUCAUCUGUCCCAUCUGUCUUGUUCAAUGCCACACGUUACAAAACCUAAACAGACAUCUGGAUGUGGAACACAAUGAAGAGGAUUCAAAAGGCGCUUUACUCUCAUGGCUACGUCAAGCUCAAAAGAAAAUGACAACCACAUUAGCUACGCCCAAAAUAGGCACCGGUCCUUCGAAAUGGGCAGAACCUUUACAAAGCUUCAGUAACCUGAAUCUAGGGAACCAACCCGUUUUCUUCGUCUCCGAUACCGUUGAUCGUCAACAAGCAGAUACCGUAUCACGAGACCAUUGGCAACGUGAAACCGGUCAAGACGUCUGUCAUGUUCCUGACUGUAAUAAGGUCGUGGGUAAAGCAGGUGUAGGCAAGCAACACUGUCGCAAUAGUGCCUCUCUUAAUAGCUUCUCCCUCGACCAUCGAUCGGAUUCUUCGCGUGACAGUCUGGGCAGUAUGCUGUCCCCCAAAUCGUCGUUUGUUUCCAAUAGUAAUAGUAUUUUGAGUAUGAAGCUGAAAUACAGAGAUGGAGAGCAGUCAGUGACAAAAUGGCAAGAGGAUAAAUCCGUCAAGGCAUGUCCUUACUGUGUAAAACUGCGUCAUGAAGAAGCAUCGAAACCUUUACCGAUCAUCCAACUGUACAAUCAAUUGGCCAUGACACGUAAAAACAUUGAGCGCCAGUUACCUAAAUUUCACGAGAUUAUUCUGAUGCUGGAAAAGGAAGGAGGCCAUUUACAACGUCAGAGCUUUAUCAAGGCAGGUCAACUUCGGAAAUCUUUGUUGGAUAAUUUUACACUCUACGAUACAUUGGCCAAAAGUAUCAAGACAUUACCUGUGCAUUCAGGCUGCAUGAAACGUUUACAGUCGAAUAUCUGUUAUGCAGCCAACGCGUAUCUACAGCAGAACAUGCUGCCGCUUCAAAUGUUGCCUCGUAUCUUGAAAUCAGAUAAGAAGAAAAAGGACCAGGACAACAGUGGGUCCAGUGAGAGGCUGGAGCUAGAAGCUCAAUUAAAGGCCUAUGUCGAACAGUAUAAUCUAGUAGAAGGAUUUAUACGUGAAGCAAACAUCGAUAGAAAAUACGACGAUGUCAAGACCUUAAAGUCAAGUUUAGAUGACUUACAUGAUGAAAUUAAAAGGUUAAAAGCCCUACUCCGUCAUUAA